AUGGACAAUGCGUAUGCCAAAAUCUGCGCUCUCCCUAGAGCUAUUGGCUUACAGGACCAGAUCCAACCCGUCUAUCUUCCUCGCGAGGACAUCAAUGCCCUGGGUGUGAAGUACCGUCGGAUCCCUAUCAUGUCCAUUGGGCGCGACAUUUACUGCGACACUCGCCUUAUACUUCACAAGCUUGAAGAAAAGUUCCCCUCCGGCGCAUUAGGUGCUCCCCAGCCCGAUCAGAAAGCUAUAGAGAAGCUCCUCGAGAGUUGGACGAUUGAUGGAGGUAUCUUCGUUCGCGCAGCUCAGGCCAUUCCCACGGAUAUGCCUUUGUUGAACGAUCCAAAGUUCACGAAAGAUCGAGAAGACUACACUGGGAGAAGCUGGGACAAAAAGAACAUUGAAGCCAUGCGGCCGGAAGCUUUGACACAUAUACGGGAUGCUUUUGUGUUUCUUGAGACAGGGUUGUUAGCUGAUGGAAGACAAUGGGUACUGAAGACCGAGAAGCCUUCAUUGGCAGAUAUUGAAGCUGUUUGGCCGUUUCAUUGGCUUCUUGAGCUAAAGGGAGCCCUUCCUCACUCUCUCAUUUCGAAAGAGAAGUUUCCUAAGGUUUACGCCUGGAUUGGCCGUUUCAGCAAGGCUGUAUCAACUGCCAAAUCGUCUGCACCAAAGCCAACCACAUUGAAAGGGGCUGAAGCCGUGAAACACGUGACUCAAGCGGAGUUCUAUGAGCCCGAGGGAGAUGUUGACGCCAGUGAUCCGCUAGGCUUGAAGAAGGGUCAAGAUGUCGAAAGUUGGCCAAUCGACAGUGGUUUCAAGCACCAUGAUCGAGGCCAGUUGGUGUCAUUGACUUCGAAGGAAGUGGUCUUAGUGGCGCAGAGCAAAGUCGGAGGAAGAGAUGUCAGAAUUCAUCAUCCCAGGUGGAACUAUAGGACCAGGGCUGUUAGUGGAGGAGAAGCAAAGUUGUAG